AUGUCUUCGUCCAGACGACACAUUCCCUACUUGUCAUACCACAAAGCGAUCAUCCGAGAAAUAUGCAGGCCCCAAAAAGACGAUCUCUUGAUUCUCGCCAAAGGACUAGGUCUGAGGCGUAUCGUUUGUGCCCUUCUCAAGACAUAUGAUAGGAAAGAAGAUCUGGUCCUUGUCGUCAAUGCAACACCCUCGGACGAAGCUGGUAUAGGGGAUGAGCUCGGGAUCAUGGGCGUCAGAGAUCCUGGGUUCCGGAUCCUGACGUAUGAAAUGUCGGUCGAUAAGCGAGAAGAACUUUACCGCCAUGGCGGCUUAUUCUCCGUGACGAGCAAGAUUCUGGUGCACGACUUCUUACGUGGGACUGUCCCAGCGAAACUCAUCACUGGCCUGGUCAUCCUGCAUGCGGAGCGAGUAUCCCACGGGAGUCAGGAAGAAUUCGCUGUCCGUCUUUACAGGAGAGAAAAUCAGAGCGGAUUCUGUAAAGCCUUCUCCGAUGAGCCGGUACAAUUCGCUCAUGGGAUUUCCCCGCUAAGAGACAUGCUCGUCAACCUCAACAUGAGGAGCGUGAUGAUCUGGCCGAGGUACAACGAAGCAGUCAAGACGGCUCUGGCGACGCGCACAGCAGAGGUCGUUGAGAUGUACCAGCCCAUGACGGAGCUCAUGAGGCAAUGUCAGGACUCCAUCACGGAAUGUAUGGAGGCCAUGUUGGUGGAGAUCAAGAGAGAUCAUUCGUUGAAUCUCGACUUGGAGGACCUCAACGUGCGGAACGCCCAGUUUAAAAACUUCGACACGCUCGUUCGACAGCGACUCAAACCGGUAUGGCACAAGGUCGGAGCAAAAACAAAGAUUCAUGUAGGCUCUUUGACAGAAUUGAGAAAUCUGCAUACGUGGCUGCUUGAGUAUGACUCGGCGACGUUUGCUUCCUACAUCAAUACCCUCCAACGCCAACAUUUCAACGCUCAAAAGCUGUCGACCGGAGCCGCGAGACACGUUCACGAUUGGUUCAAUGCCAAAGCUGCGGCUCUGCUCGUGGAGUCAUCUCAACUUCGGGUGUCGAGAAAGUCAUUGACGAUGGACAAUACGCCCGAGCCAGAGAAAGAUUCAGAAGGAGCUAUUGGAGUUGACGCAGCGGCCGGUGGAGUCGACCUUCCUGACGAAUUUGCCGAUGACGAAGCGGCUUUACAAGCUGUCGAAGCAGGUCCUGAUCCGGCUCGAUACCAAGAGGAUCAAUCAGAUCUCGACGAUGUGAAUGUCAUGGAGACAUUUGCGACUCAGACGCAAACGAUUCGACCAUCUGGGCCUCGAAAUGGGGUGGAGAACAUGAAUGGCGACGAAGACGAAGACGAUGAUGAUGCUUUGAUGCCAGUUGGAGACGAUGUGGAGCCACUUCAAGUUGUGCCUAGUGAAGCACCACCGGUCUUCCGCCCGCUUGCUUUCGGUCUCGAGGAGAACCUCGCACACAGCGUCAGGAAGAGAUUGCGGAGAGGCCACGAACCAAUCUUGGAGGAACAGCCAAAGUGGAGCCUCCUCGCGAGAGUCCUCAAGGAAAUUGAAGAUACCAUUGCGAGGGUGUCCGAAAGUCAUGCGGAUGCACCUGGGACAAACAUCGUCCUCAUCAUGACUUCUUCCGACCGGACGUGUUUACAGCUGAGACAGUACCUUACGACCAUGAUGAAGAACGAUCCUCCAUUUGGACCCCAAGCCGGCCGAAAAAUGAUGGAGACUCUUUUCUUGAGCAACUGGCAACAUGAGAAGAAUGGCGAGAAAUUGUCAAACCCUUCCAAGAUGCAUCAUGGAGCGGGAGGGGAUGAAGUCAGGGUUAAAGCUGGUGAAAUGGAGGAAAAGCGAUUGAAGGAUGCCGGUCUGAGAGAUUAUAAAUCUCGUGGGAGAGGACGCGGUGUACCGAGUUACAAGAGAAGGAGAUUACGAGGCGGUGCUGAAGCUGUUGGGAGGCGAGCGGCUCAAGAACAGGAAAUGUCGCACAAAGAGGCCAUCAUGAGGAACUCUUCGGCUUUUGCAGGCGGUACCGAGGAUGCGCAGAUGCAAUGGGCUCUCGGCGAGUCGUCGAAAGCAACGAAUGGUCAUUCUCAUUCAGCCGCAAGUUCUGAACUCCCGACGACACCCUCCUCCAUCGUGAUCGACCCAAGUAGCUCACUCAUGGCUCGAGCCGGAAUCAUAGAAGAGGAAGACUUGGACCCCAGCACCCUCCGAUGGCUAUCUGAGCGUGGCUUGAUGCCGGAAGACUUUGAUACAGAAUAUGGAUUAUUACCUCCCGAGGACGCCGUCAUCAUUCGACCAUAUGGAGGUGAAGAUGAUGAUAUCUUAUUGCAAGAACUUCGGCCGCGUUUUGUGAUCAUGUACGAGCCAAACCUGGCGUUUAUACGUCGUCUCGAAGUGUACAAGAAUUGUAAUCCCGGACUCGCGCUACGUGUCUAUCAGAUGACAUAUACCAACUCUUUUGAAGAAGACAGAUUUCUGUCCACUAUGCAACGGGAAGCAGAGGCGUUUAAAAAGCUUAUCGAGGACCGUCAGAGCUUGGUCAUACCUAUAUAUAACAAUGAUCCGCGUGCUCCUAUGCGGGAUAGCGUCUCUCGAACCAAGACGACUUAUUCCUCGAGGAACGCAGGGGGCGGUGAAGCUGCUCAGGACGCUAGGAUCAUCGUGGACAUUCGAGAGAUGGGCGCUUUACUUCCCUCGUUGAUCGAUUCUGCGGGGAUCAAAGUGGUACCUCUGACCUUGACAGUCGGUGAUUAUAUCUUGUCUCCUGACAUGUGCGUUGAACGGAAGGCGCUACCGGAUCUCGAAGCGAGUAUCAACAAUGGACGACUGCAUUCUCAGUGCGAAUCCAUGACGGCUCAUUAUGCUAUUUGCAUUCUUCUAAUCGAAUUUGAAGAGGACAAAUAUGGCUUAAGAACCCGCGAGGACAGCCGGAGGGAAGUUUCAUCCCGGAAUCAACCUCAAGAAGAGACAUGGGACCAAAAUUAUCUUCAAUCAAAGCUUGCCCUACUCGUUCUCUCAUUCCCGACGCUUCGGAUCAUCUGGUCCUCCUCACCUCACGAGAGCGUCAAGAUCCUCUCGGACCUAAAGUUGAAUCAUGGUGAACCGGAUGAAAUGGCAGCGAUGUCAAAAGGGCAUUCAGGGCUAGAAGAUGAUCGCUCAUUGAAAGAGAGCGUGGAGAACGCGACGAGUGUAGAAAUGUUGAGGUCUAUACCCGGUGUCUCGGGACAUAAUCUGAGACACGUCAUGAAGCAUGUGGAGAGUAUAAGCGAGUUUAUCCAGUCGAGUCGUGAUCGAUUGAUCGAGAUCCUGGGCGAAGAAAACGGGGCUAAAGCCUACAAGUUUAUCCACUACGAUUCGAGGAGGACUGCGUACACUCGGAUGACAAGGUAG